CUCCUGGCCUCGCCGGCGGACCAGUCGAUGGACGCGCAGCACGCGCACCUGGAGAGGGUGCUGGGCGCCACCGCCACCGUGCUCUUAGUCGCUAGCCUCUCCUACUUCGCCCUCAGCACGCUCUACCGCUGCCUCCGCGCCGCCCGCGUUGUCAUUACUCCACCCAGCAACGACGAUGACCCGGCGUCGGGGACGCAGGAUGACACCAAGCGCGCGCUCGCGGGGAUCCCCGUUCAGGUGUUCGUCCUGCAGUUCCCUGCCGACGCAGGCGGCGCUCGGAAGGAGGAGGCGGACGCCGACGCAGACGACUGCGCGGUGUGUCUAGCGGAGUUCGCUCCAGGAGCGGAGGUGCGCGUGCUCCCGGCGUGCCACCACGGGUUCCACCGGGAGUGCGUCGACCGCUGGCUUCUCACGCGCGCGCCCACCUGCCCCGUCUGCCGCGCCCCGGUCGCCGCCCCCGUGGUGGAGGACGCCGACGCUGGCAAGGAGGAUUGCGCCGGCGGUAUUCGUGACCACGGCUCCCGUGAUAUCCCGGCGGUGGCACUUGUGGAGUAG